GACCAUACGAAACCUAUGAAGGGAGCCCAGUGUCUAAGGGUAUUCUGCAAUUUGACAUGUGGGGUGUUACGCCCACUGAUCAAUGCGAGUGGGAUACACUUCGAGAGAAGAUCAAGAAACAUGGUGUCCGCAACAGUCUUCUUGUGGCACCGAUGCCAACAGCUUCUACGGCGCAAAUUCUUGGCAAUAAUGAAUCUAUUGAGCCUUACACUUUCAACAUCUACAGUCGUAGAGUACUGUCUGGCGACUUCCAAAUUGUUAACCCACAUUUGCUGAAAGACUUAGUCGAGUUGAACUUGUGGGAUGAGGAUAUGAAGAAUCAGCUGAUUGCCAAUCAUGGAUCUAUUGCGAAAAUACCUGGAAUUCCCGAUGACAUCAAACGUUUAUAUCAAACCGUAUGGGAGCUUCCACAAAAGGAUAUCAUAGAAAUGGCUGCUGAUCGGUCAAUACUUAUCUUUCAUUGCAAUUAUCAAUAUGUUCUGCAAGUUAGUAAUGGUAAUCAUUGUAGUGGAGCAUUCAUCGAUCAGUCCCAGUCCUUAAAUAUCCACAUUGCUCGUCCUAGCUACGCUAACAUCACAUCGAUGCACUUCUAUGGAUGGAAGAAGGGACUCAAAACUGGAAUGUACUACCUACGUACCAAGCCAGCUGUCAAUGCAGUACAGUUUACCGUUGAUAAACAGGCGCUAAAAGCCAAGGAGGAGAAGGACUCGGUAAGUUAUAAUUUGGAACCUCCUUUGCUAGACGAAGUUCAAAGUGCUGCUCGUCAAAUGGCCUCCAUGACUGUUGACGAAGGUUGUCUUAUGUGCUCCGUUGCUUUAUGGGCGUGCACUCUACAUCUCAGUUCUUUCCCCCUCAACAUGACUCUCUACAUACCUUUACCAUAACG